CAACAGCAACCGUCACAGACCAAAAGGGAUAGGGAGGGCGGAGAGUGCGCUUUGCCCUUUUUCCCGGCCAGCCAACGACGCCGCCGGCCAACCAACGACGGAGACGCGGUGGAGGAGAUCGGAUGGAGGGCCAGGUGAGGAGGAGUCCUGCUUCCUCCGCCGCGGACGACGGCGGGCCCAGCACGAGCGGUAGCGCGGACGCGCACGCCCGCUACGCCGACGCCGACGACAAUGCGGCGGGCGCCGGGGGCCCAAAGGUCUGGGUCCUCGUGCUCCUGUUCGCGCUGCUCCUGCUGCCCUUCCUGCCCUCUGCGAUGCGCCGCGGCGGCGGCGGCGGCGGGACGGUUUGGGCGGGAGGCGGAAGAGGCACUGAGGGAGGGUACCGGUACCGCCGCGGCGGGAUCAGCUUCAAGAGCGGCUGGGACGUCGUCAACCUCUGCCUCGUGCUCUUCGCCAUCCUCUGUGGUCUCCUCGGCCGCGGCGGCGACGGGGACUCCUCUUCCUCCGCGACUUCAGCUUACGCGUCUGCCAAGGACGACCGUCAUCGCCUGGCGUCCUCGGCGGCGCCCGCCGCGGAGCCCGUCACGGUGGCGGCGACUACUACGAGCUCGGGGGACUGGGAGCAGGAGGGCUACGACUCCAUGUCCGCCAUCUACGCCAGCCUGUCCCGCACCACCAACCACGCCCAUGCCUCGGGGAUCCGCCGGAUGAAGAGCAGCAGCUCCUACCCGGAGCUGCGCCUCGGCAGCGACGGCGUCUGGGCCCUCGCGUCCCCGGACUCCGCCUGGCGCUUCUACGACGACGCCGAGCUGUACCGCGCCCGCCGCCCGGAGCGGCAGGAGCGGACCUGGGACGUCGACCCGCACGGGAGGGCAGCGGCGGCGGAGGUCAAGACCAUCCCCGUCGACACCUUCGUCGAGCGCGGCCGGGCCUCGCAGUCGCAGUCGCAGUCGCAGCCGCGGAGGACGAGGAGGAGGAGCGUCGAGAGGCUCCCCGAGAUGGCCGAGGAGAGGCCGCUGCAGCAACAGAGCGGGGGCGCGCGGGCGCCGCCGAGGCUCAGGAGGUGGAACUCCGAGGUUGUUGAUGUCAUGUUGGAACAGGAGGCGGCACCGGCGCGGAGUAGAAGGUGGGACUCGGAGGUGGUGGGCGCCAUGCCGGAACAGGACGCGGCUGUAGCGCCGGCGAGGCUCAGGAGGUGGAACUCAGAGUCGCUGGAUAGCAUACUGGAGCAGGAGGCGAGAGUGGCGGCGGCGAGGAGCACGAGGUGGGGCUCGGAGGUGAUGGACGCCAUGCCGGAACAGGAGGCAGCGGUAGCGCCGGCGAGGCUCAGGAGGUGGAACUCGGAGUCGUUGGAUAGCAUACUGGAGCAGGAGGCGAGAGUGGCGCCGGCGAGGAGCACGAGGUGGGGUUCGGAGGUGAUGGACGCCAUGCCGGAACAGGAGGCAGCGGUAGCGCCAGCGAGGCUCAGGAGGUGGAACUCAGAGUCGUUGGAUAGCAUACUGGAGCAGGAGGCGAGAGUGGCGGCGGCGAGGAGCAGGAGGUGGGACUCGGAGGUGAUGGACGCCAUGCCGGAACAGGAGGCAGCGGUAGCGCCAGCGAGGCUCAGGAGGUGGAACUCAGAGUCGUUGGAUAGCAUACUGGAGCAGGAGGCGAGAGUGGCGGCGGCGAGGAGCAGGAGGUGGGACUCGGAGGUGGUGGACGUCAUGCCGGAACAGGAGGCGGCGGUGGCGCCGGUAAAAAGCAGGAGGUGGAACUCCGACGCAGUGGAUGUAAUACCGGAGCAGGAAGCGCCGGUGGCUCUGGCGAGGAGCGGGAGAUGGAGCUCGGGGGCGGUGGACGUGGUCCCGGAGCAGGAAAAGCCGGUGAUGAUGGCGCCUGCUGCUCCACCACCUCCUCCUCCGCCUCCUCGACGGCGACGGCGCAGCGUCGAGAAACUGCCGACAUCAGAGGAACUGGAGCAAGAGAUAGUAGUGGAAGAGGUGAGAAACCCCCCGAUGCCGCCGCCAUCGCUGGCCAUGUUCCCGCCUGGAACGCCACCACCCCCUCCGCCUCCGCUUCCGCCUCCCUCGACGGUGUCGCGCAGCAAGAAGAAGCGCAGCGGCAGCGUGGGCGGCGCCAAGGAGCUAGCGUCCGCCAUUGCUACGUUCUACCAGAAGAAGCGCAAGAGCAUUACCAUGAAGGCCAAGAGGAGGCCCCAUGCCCAUCACCACCACCACUCCGAUGGCCAAUACUACUCGUCGCCGUCGUCAGAUGCGUCAGCGAGCCCGGACUCCACUGCUCGCACCACCACCGCCCCGCCGCGGCCUCCGCCUCCGCCCCCUCCACCGCCACCGCCGUCCUCCAUCUUCUCCAAUCUCUUCAGGAACAAGAAGGGCGGCAGUAAGAACCGCCGCAUCCACUCCGUCGCGCCACCGCAGCCGCCACCCCCGCCUCCACCGGCUCGACGAUCUAAGAAACCGCCACCGCCUCCGUCUCGGCCCGCGCCUCCAGCACCACCGCCGCCGCCACAACCAGUCAGGACACGGCCGCAGCGCGCCCACGUGCACGCGUCCACACAGCAGCCGCCAUUGUACCCGAGGCGCGUCUACUACACCUACUACCCGCUCCCGCCGCCGUCUCCACCGCUACCUCCACCUCCUCCUCCGCCGCCACCGCUGGUGCCAGAGGGCGAGGAUGACUCCCCUUCGGUCACGGCGUCGCCGGCGCCGGCGUACUGCGCGAGCCCCGACGUGAACACGAAGGCGGACCGGUUCAUCGAGAGCUUCCGCGAGGGGCUGAAGCUGGAGAAGCUCAACUCGUACCGGGAGAAGUGGCAGAGGCAGAUCCAAGAGAACGCCGCCGUCGAGAUCGGGGAGGAGGAGGAGGGGGAGUUCAUGGUGAUCGGGUCCCUCUUCGGCGACGACGACGAAGAGGACGAAGACGGCAUCUCCUUGCCGCAGACGCCGGCGACCGCUGUCGCCGUCGGCUUCUAACGACACUGACGUUGAAGGAAAAAAAAAAAUCCCCGAGAAAAUGGAGAGAACAAAGAUAGCACAAAAGAGUGUUUCUUCUGGCUG